UAAAACUAUUGGUUUAUCUGGUCAAUGCUUAGUGCUCGCGUUGUCGUAGACUGAAUAUCUCGUAAACGCUUAUACGAAAAAAUGGUUUACAGUUCAGUUUCAAUUCUCGUUCUGCUGAGUGUCAUCAGUGGCGGGCUCUUAGCGCAAAUACCGGAAUAUAUCAAAAUAUGCAAACGAGAUCAAAACACCAUCGCAAGCUGCGUCCUAAAUUCGAUCGAGAGCCUGCGACCGCAACUCAUCUCCGGCAUUCCUGAGCUCAACGUGCCGAGUUUGGAGCCUUUUUACAUUCCAGAGAUAGUAGCAGUGAGUGGUGACUUGGUCCCAUUGAAGGCUUCUGGAAAAGAUGUGAAAGUAUCAGGAGCCGGAAACUUCAGUAUCAAAAGUAUUUCAGUGGACUUGAACACGCUUACCAUUCGCGGGCGAGUCCGGUUCCCGAGGCUUCAUCUUGAUGGCCGCUACAAUCUAGACACGCAGAUCCUGAUUUUGCCUCUGCGUGGGGAAGGAAACCUGGUCGCUGAUGCUGUUAAAUGCGAAGCCGACAUCCUGUUGCGGUCGCGCCUGGUGAUGCGCGACGGGAAGGAGUACCUCGAGUUCACCAGCUUGAAGGUUGACAUCGGCAUCAGGGAUUAUCGCAUCCGGUUAGAAGGACUCUUCAACGGCAACAAAGCUUUGGGAGACGCAACAAACGAGGCGAUUCACCAAAACAGAGGUGAAUUCUUGAAAACCAUGCUGCCUUAUCUCGAGAAGACUGUAUCCAAAAUUCUUCUUGACACUGCUAACAAAAUCGUAGCACCCAUACCGUUCGAUGAACUUUUACCAAAAGCAUAACCUAUUUAUCAAGUAAUCUAAUAAUACCAUGAUGUACGUAGAUAGGCCUCUUCCAAAAUAAAUACGUCAGUGAAAAUACGCACAUUUUUUUUUUAAAUAUCAGUUUUUGAAAGUUCUGUGGAAAUAACAUAACUCAAAAACUACUUUUUGGGGUUAAUAGCUUUUUAAUUAAAUUAAGGAAGAUAGUAUAGCACUGGUAAAAUCAAUCUAAUUUGCAAAACAAGAUUGAUUCAGUCGAAAAUUGAAAGCACACUCAGAGAUUAGGAUGUGUUGUUUGUUGAUGGUAAAAAUGCCGUCGUAGUAGGCCACUACGGCGUAGUAAAAUAUUAAAAAAGAGAUAGGUACCUACCUACCUACCUUCCUAGAGGUAGGAUACCUACAUUUCACAAGAAAUAAAUUAGUUGUUCCAUAUUCAAACGCAUUACGAUUUAGUAUAGUUUUUACUCAAGAGGGCCUAUCUAUUUACAUCAUUGCCUAGUAACUAUUUUGUACAAUAACAUACCUAAGUGUUAUAUAAGUAAGUUAUUGAAUGGGAGGUUAUUGCGCGCUGGUGGACUUUGAGGUCUGCUGUCAACUUAUUGGUAUAAAGGCUCAAAACGUAUUGCACUAGAGCCAAAGUUUAGCGACGCGUUUAUUCCAAAAUUUUACAAAAAACACUGAAUUUUCAGACGUAAUGUGCACAGUGUGAAGCAAAAUGAAAAAGAGAUGCAAAUGUGUUCAUGGACGCCCAUGUACCUAUUUGUUUUUAUUUUGCGGAAUUUAUUUUUCACAAAUAUGUACAUAACGUGGUAAAGUUAUAUACAGUUUCUUUUGCAAUAUUUUGGACAACGAUAUUUUAAAAGAUGCAGCGCGCCGCUUUUACUCUUCUGCAAUUGUGCCUUGAGCCUAAAAAUUGUGUAAGAAAAAGAUAAACAUCAAUUUAGAACAAUAAUAUUUUAGAAUAUUUUCAACGAAUUUAUUAGUCCAAGUCCACUAGCGGUCAAUAAAUAUUAUUUAUUAGUCGAAUUUUAAAAAUACAAAACAAAGUAAAGAUUUUUGGCGUUCUUUACUGAAAAUUGACGAAAAAUGGCAUUAUUUGUCUGCUCUUAAUUUGUUAUUUCUACUUCUUUAAAGUGUAUUGUACCUACUUUUAAAGAAAAAUAAGCAAUGAAUUAUUGUGAUAUUACUUAUAAAUAUGUCAUAUUUAACUAUACAGUAAAAGAGUAGUUAGUCAAAUAACAUAACUAAUAAAUUCGAGAAAUAGUGUACGUACUAUUUAUUUAUUUAUCUAUCAAAUCAAUCUCAUUCUUAAGGCUGCCUGAAUUUAUGGUAUUCUUGCUGCGACAGCGCAUUUUAGCCAAUAGUAAAAUAACAUCAGCCAAUCAGACGUAAUUGGAGGAUGACAGCAUCCACUAUGACGCGUUUCUGUAAGAAUUUUGUUGGUACAUUAGGCAUUUGUAGUUUGUCCGCAUCUUAAAAGGGGUACCCCUUCUUAGAUGCGAACGGUUUACAAGCGCAAGCGACACCCUCUCCGCACCUGUAAUGUAUCACCAGCAUUAAAGUAAUUCAGUAAUAUCUGAUGUAAGCCUGAAAAAACAUGUAAAAUAUUUUUAAGUUCUUAAGUUAAUGCAUUGCAUUUGACCUACGCGACGUUUAAAUAUGUAUAAUUUACUUAAUUUAUUGAAUUCAGACUCGUGUUUUGACGAGUAGCAUUUGUUCAGUUAAAAAAUUAUAAUCAUUCAAAUAAAUAAAAUACAUGGUUUU